AUGGUAAUCGAUGCUAGCAAUAAUAACAGGCAGAAAAAGACAAUCGAAGGUCAUCAAGAUGGCAAACAUUGCAUAACAACUGUCACUUGUACGCUUACAGAAACUGAAUGCAAGAACUCACGUUGUUCAGCUCCCGGUGCACCAGGAUGGGAUGGCCAUCCUGGUGCAGGAGGCUUUACUCCCGCCGGAAGCUUUGGCCCCGAAGAUUGUUGUAACGCGUGUUUGAACAAUCCGCAAUGCCGCGCAUGGAUAGUCCUCGGUACGUCGUGUCUUCAUUCCACGGGCUCCCAAUGUAGUAACGGUCCAUUUAUAGCAAAUUCUGGAAAUAUUCGUUGUGCUGGUGGUGCUGCUCAGUGUACGGUAUAA